AUGUGCAACACGGUCUCAAUCCAUUACUCUUGCAACCACUUUGCGCAAUUCCACCGCUCGACAUGCCGCAGUACCAUUUGGGUCACAAAAAGGACGACUAAGACCAAGAACCGUUCAAAGACAAGAGUCGACAACAGCAAGAGCGACGACGAUAAACCGAGCAGAGGUAGAACUCUGGAGCGAACAUCAGACAAGACAAGUACAUCUUCAUCACCAUCGAGUAACGACUCUGCAUCCCCUUCACCUCCCCCAAAGCUUGUUUCCAAGGCAGCCUGCAAGAGUACAUCGAAUAUCGUUCUUCGCACUCAACAAAGAUGUGGCCCUUGUCAGCGCACCUUCAAACGGGGCUUCCUCCAAAUCAGACGAGCACGACAGGAUCUACCAUCGCACAAGAAGCGAAAGCAUCUCAAGCGAGGCAGGCCCAUCUCAGGAGGCAGCCCUCUCAAACAUGAACUUACACUGGAUGAACUCUUGAGGACAGGGGACGAGGUCAUGACGGGCUCUGGCUCUCCAGGAAUGCUUCGCAGAAUAUCAACGGCAUCGCACGACUGCUUCAUCUUGAACCAGCACGCUUCUGGAGAUGUUGGAGACGCUUUGAUGGUCUUGGUCGUCGCUACGUAG